AUGCUCGCUCUACGUUCCACAAAGCGGCUAUGUCGUACUGUGCCCAGGCUCGUACGCCUCAUGGCACAAGACUCUACUCCGGGCGCUUCUUCAGAACCUACUCGCCCUGUACAUCCUGAGGCCUGGGUUGAGGCCACACGCAACAAACCGUCCAAGGCGGAAAGCCCAGCUCCUUGGUUCCUGGACCCAGAAGACACGGAAGAAUCUGCCCUAGGACACAUUGAUGAGAAAUCUGGGCGUGGCAUCCCGCAACCCAAGCGAGCGGAGGCGCGACCUUUACCUGAGGGUGUACCGGACGCUCUCGCGCACCUACACAAGCAACUCCUAUUGUCUCCAUUGAUUGAACCUUCGGAGCUGCUCGUGCGGGAACCUAUCGCUAUGUCUUUGGGACCUGCUCUUCCAGAUCGGCAACAUGGAGCGAGACGCAAACGUGGUUCAAGAAAUAUCGAACUGGGUUCAGAUCUUCCGCUCAGCGGUGGAGGUGUAUGGGAUUGGAUAGUAUUGGUCCAGUUGAGGGAAGGCGUAGACCCCACAAGAGCAAUGUCAAUGAUCAUGAGCUCGACCCGGAAAUCUAUGGUGGCUCACAAUAGACCUGUGCAUCUCCCGACAAGAUCUCAAUGGAAGGUUGAUAGCGGGUGGAAGAUGGUAGACGCCAACGAUUUCGCGAUACACAUUCUCACCAAGGAGGCUCGCCAGACAUAUUUCGAGAAUACGGACGUAUGGUGA